CAAAAUGACGUAAUUGUUUGAAGCACAGAAGAAGAACUAGCACUAGCGGCGUUCUGUGGACAACAAUCAUGGCGAUGGACAGCGAUGUGCAGUGUGAGAUAGAAGUUCUGCAGUCCAUCUACUUGGAGGACCUGCAGGUCACCAGGACACAGGAUGGGGCCUGGGAGGUCAGCCUGGUUCUGUAUCCGUCCACAGCCGAGGAUUCCGGCUCCCAGUUUGUCCGACUCACCCUGAAGUUGACCCUGGACCAGCAGCAGUAUCCGUGCUCGUCUCCGCACAUUUCCAUCCACAACCCGCGGGGUCUGUCGGACAACAAGCUGCGCAGUGUACACAAAUGUCUGCAGAUGGAAGCAGAGUCGUGCGUCGGCUCGCCUGUCUUGUAUCAGCUGAUCGAGAAAGCCAAAGAAAUCCUGACUGAAAGCAACAUACCUCAUGGAAACUGUGUCAUCUGCCUCUACAGCUUCAAGGAGGGGGAGACAUUCACCAAAACCUGCUGCUACCACUACUUCCACUCGCACUGCCUGGGCCGCUACGCCAGCCACUCGGAGAAGGAGCUCCGCCUCCGAGAAAAGGAACUGGCAGAGGACAAGACGGCAACACGCCAUCAGGAGCUGACAGUGGUGUGUCCCGUUUGCCGCGAGCCUUUGGCCUAUGACCUGGAUCACCUGCUGGCCAGCGCCGCACCCCUGCUGCCCGAGUUGGACGGCGCCGGCCUCGAGUCCAGUUUUCAACAAAAGUGGCGAGAGCUUCAAAAGGUUCUGGAGAGACAACGGAGGAGAGGCGGGGUCAUCGAUCCCGAGAUGGAAUCCAACCGUUUCCUCAUCCACACUAACGAGGCGCCACCUGUUGAUGAAGACGCCAUCCAGGACCCAGCACCAGCCUUUGCCCCGCAGGAGGGUCCUCUGCCAUCGCGACACUUCAUUCCCACGGCGACGCAAUGCCGAGGCGCUCACGCCCACAGGCGCCACAGCCGCGGCAGGGGUCUGAGGCGAGGCGGCGGGCCCAAGCCGCAUCACGCCAGAGGCGCGGCUCUAGCAGAACACAUGGACGGACUCAGCCUGUCCUCGCACACCUCCGAGGGGUCACCGGGCGCCAACACUGAGGGACGCACGGAGUUCCGGGAGACGCGUGAACCAAAAAUGACCCACUUCGUGUAUCGUCAGGCAGGAAGUCGCGGCCUGAAAUGUUCUGCAGGUGGGGGGGGCCAGCGUGGCAGGAGGAGGGGUCCCCCGCAACACCACCACUGGGACCCCAGAGCAUCGAGAGGAGGCGCUCCCUGUCAGCAGUGGGUGGGGGACAGGGAGGAGGGGCUAUGACCAAAGGCCACAGCAGGUUCAGAGAUGAGCACACAAAAACACAUUCAUUUAUUAAAAUCUCUGGAAAAAGAA